UGUACAGAGAAGCAGAGGCAACGCAGUUCUUGGGAGUGCCUGCUAAGUUUGAGAGCACCGUCAAACUACUGGCAACGUUACCCCAAAUUCAGACGGUGAAAUGAACUCUCGGAGAAGGCGAUCGCGAAGACCUUGUUGUAGAAGACCAUCAGUGACCGUAUGAUUCAGUGGUAGAUAGAGUAAGAAAUGGGCCAGACGUCAGUUUCCACGUUGUCUCAAAAUCCGAGUGUCAAUUACCGCCUGAAGUCUGGAACGCAUAGACAUCACAGGACGCUGGGUUUCAUCCCUGGUGAUGCUCAGCCAGGCCUCUACUGCAACUGUCUUCGUUGAUGGACUGGAAAAGGCCUCUUUGGCAAAUUCAGACUCAGUAGUUGCUGAAGCCCAAACGCCACAGCUCAAGCAGAGGGGCAAGCUCUCGUCGCUUGGAAAGAUCUUCAAGCCCUGGAAAUGGCGAAAGAAGAAAACCAGCGACAAGUUCCAGGACCUCUCCAAAGUAUUGGAGAGGAAAAUAUCCACUCGACAGACACGGGAGGAGCUGAUAAGAAAGGGAGUCCUUAUUCCCGAUCAAGAUUCAGAAGAACUUAUACAUUCAAAUGGAGACACUGCAUCCAUCAGCGUGGAGCCUGUGAUUGAGGAGGUGGACAUUUCGCUUAUGGACGACUCGCAAGGAGAUACAGAUGACAAAACAGAGAGGAAUGACAAAAGACCUGUCGCAAAGGGGAACCUAUCGAAAUCGGAGGACACUCCCAGUAGGAAGUCCCAUGUACCUCCCAAAAGGAGCGGCGGGGCUUCAGGCACAGCGGCAAGGAAAGAGGCAGCUAGUAAUGGCAAAAAGUUGCCAAAAGGUGGCGGUAAGCAGCCCUCUACCCCACCCUCCAAACGAAACCCCCCAAGCAAUAGAAGUGGGACCGCCAAAUCCUUGCAUCCUAAGAAAUCAGCGGGUGCAUCCAAGAAUACGACCCAGCUUUCGACAUUGCCCUCCUCCUUCCCAGCAGCACGGAGCAGAGACUCCAAGGAAGGAACUAUGGCUAAGGGUGAAGGUUCAGGCCCUGCAAAGACAGUGAAGAAACGGGGCAAAGGAACGGACCCCAUCAGAUUCUCAGGUUCACCGAAAGCCGCUCCUGAGCCAGAGAGCCAAUCUACAGAUGGCUUGAAGCCAGCUGCCCAGGAAGAGGUCCAUGGAAAAUCUAAAGCCCCAGGUUUGGAGGAGAAGCCCAAGCAGGAUGAGCUGAUGCUGACCGCGGAGGACCCCAGGUCACCCCUGGAGGAGAUGGGUGAGGAGUUGUCCAAUAGCCAAAGUAUCGUGGAGGACACUACUUUCACCGAGUCCCCCAGUGAGGUCUCCUCAGAUGGUUCUGAGGAGCUCCUGGGAGAGUCCGGGGAUGGCGAUGGUGAGGGAUGUCAAUCGAGCAGCGUGGAGAGCCCCACAGAGAGGCCCCAACAGGUCAUAAGUGAAGUGGGGGGUGACGAACAGAGGACCCAAGUUACAAUCCCAGACAGCCCUGACGUCACGAUAAUCCCCGACAGCAACAGGGAGUCCCAUACCAGUGACUCGGACUCUGAUGGCCCCAUCCUCUACAGAGAUGAGGAGGAGGAGGAUGAAGAAGAUGAGUACACUUCAAGCUCUCUUGCCAGUAAGAUCCGGCGUAGGGACACACUAGCAAUCAAAUUGGGGAACCGGCCCAGCAAGAGGGAGCUGGAGGAGAAGAAUAUCCUGCCCUGCACAUCGGAGACAGAGCGGCAUGAACUAAGGCAGCAGAUUGGCUGCAAGUUGGUGAGGCGAUUAAGUCAAAGGCCCACCACAGAAGAGUUGGAGCAGAGAAACAUUCUUAAACAGAAAAAUGAGGAAGAAGAACAAGAAGCCAAGCAAGAAAUUAAACGAAGGCUAUCUCGAAAGCUUAGUGUGCGGCCCACAGUGGCGGAGCUGGUGGCCAGGCGGAUCCUGCGAUUUAAUGAGUAUGUGGAGGUCACAGACGCCAAGGACUAUGACCGUCGUGCAGACAAACCUUGGACCAGGUUGACACCGGCCGAUAAAGCUGCUAUUCGAAAAGAGCUGAACGAAUUUAAAAGCAAGGAAAUGGAAGUGCACGAGGAGAGCAAACAGUUCACGAGGUUCCAUCGCCCCUGAUGCCUGGCUUUUCGAGCCCCAAGGACACCACACACAAUCCUGCUGGGGGGAGGUGGGGGGCACCAAACCAUGACUCUCUGACCUGGGCCUCACACACUGGAAGCUUCUGCUACAGACUCUGCUGGGCUUUGGCCUGGAAAAAGAGACAGUCUCCAGCUCUGAAAAUCAAUGGCUGAAGACAUCAUUGCCUGGCUAAGACUGUGUAUCUUGUGCCUUGUCCCUUUGCUGGGCACUAAACGUUAAAGAAGCCAACACAGACACGGGAAUGAGCUGGACGACUAUUUUAACGACCUGCAUUAUUUUAUUGCUGUCUCUCGGAAGCUAUAAUGCUGUAACUGAUUCAACGACGAUAAGCAAUGCACAUGUAUAUGUACACAUCCCUUAUGUUUUUAAGAAAUCUUAACAGUAUGGAAGAAUAUAAAUGUGUAAAUAUUCGCAUUUCAUUUAUUUGCUAUGAAAAGUACCGCACACCGUGUCUGUGAGCGUGAACCACGUGUUCAACAGGAGAUGCAUGCUGAGCAUUAAUACUUGUCCAUGAGUGUUAAUCAAAAAUAAUGAUAGGGUAUUCGUCAAUGUGAAUUUGCACCAUGCCUCAAGAAAAGAGGAGUAUAUAUGUCGCGUCAUAGAACUGUAUUCCUGUAUGGCCAUAAUAUUACAUAUCUACUGCACUGGGAGAAGGUAAAGCAAAUUGUUUUUUCUUGUCCCUAUCAAGGCAAGCCAUCCUGAGUUUCCUCAUUUUAUUUUAAGCUGCUAGUUGGAAUGUAAAUACUAGAUACAGCUUAAUUUUACCAACAUUUGCCAUUUUUGGAGAGAUGAAAUGGAGACUGAAAAGAAAGUAUCCUGACAUUGUUUACAAUGACAAUUGAACAUUACCCUCCCAAAUAAAUGUCUUAUUUUUAAAAGAAAAAA